AGGGGGGCUGGGGGAAGCCCAAGGGAGGAGGAGAAGGAGGGAGGAACUUCCCAAAGUUGCAAAACAUGGCUACCUUGCCCGGGGAGCCGAGCGCGGGGCCGGCGGCCGGGGGGGAGGCGGUGGCGGCGGCGGCGGCCGAAGAAGAGGAGGAGGAGGAGGCGCGCCAGCUCCUGCAAACGCUGCAGGCGGCUGAGGGUGAGGCGGCUGCGGCGGCCGGGGCCGGGGCGGGCGACGCGGCGGCGGCGGGAGCGGAGGGCCCAGGAUCCCCGGGCGUCCUCGGGUCGCCCCCGGAGGCCACCGCCGAGCCGCCCACGGGCCUCCGCUUCUCGCCCGAGCAGGUAGCGUGCGUGUGUGAAGCACUGCUUCAGGCGGGCCACGCCGGCCGCUUGAGCCGCUUCCUGGGCGCACUGCCCCCAGCCGAGCGCCUACGUGGCAGCGACCCGGUGCUGCGCGCGCGGGCCCUGGUGGCCUUCCAGCGGGGCGAGUACGCCGAGCUCUACCGACUGCUCGAGAGCCGCCCCUUCCCGGCUGCCCACCACGCCUUCCUGCAGGACCUCUACCUGCGUGCGCGCUAUCACGAGGCCGAGCGGGCCCGAGGCCGCGCACUGGGCGCGGUGGACAAAUACCGGCUGCGCAAGAAGUUCCCGCUGCCCAAGACCAUCUGGGACGGCGAGGAGACUGUCUACUGCUUCAAGGAGCGCUCCCGCGCCGCGCUCAAGGCCUGCUACCGCGGCAACCGCUACCCCACGCCCGACGAGAAACGCCGCCUGGCCACGCUCACCGGCCUCUCACUCACGCAGGUCAGCAACUGGUUCAAGAACCGGCGACAGCGUGACCGCACUGGGAGCAGCAGCGGUGCGCCCUGCAAGAGCGAGUCAGAUGGGAACGCCACUACUGAGGACGAGUCCAGCCGCAGUCCGGAGGCCCAGGAGAGAGGCGUGGCCCCGGGGCCCGCAGAAGCGCCCCCUGCCCAGGGCUCCAUCUUCCUGCCUGGGGCUGCACCUCCCGCCCCGUGCGCCACCGCUUCCUCCAUCCUGGUGAACGGGAGCCUACUGGCCGCCGCUGCUGGCAGCUCCCCGGCCGUCCUCCUUAAUGGCAGCCCUGUCAUCAUCAACAGCCUGGCUCUGGCCGAAGCCUCCAGCCUGGGCUCCCUGCUGCUCGCAGGGGGCAGCGCCGCCCCUCCUCCUCUUCCUCCACCGCCGCCCCCGGCGCAGCUCAGUCCCCAGGGAACCAGCGAAGCCAAGGCAGCUCUAAUCCUGGACCCUCAGACUGGUGAGGUGCGGCUGGAAGAAGCCCAGCCUGAGGCCCCAGAGACCAAAGGGGCCCAAGUGGCUGGGUCUGGGCCAGCAGGAGAAGACAUGGCCGGACCCCUGCCCCAAGUGGUGCCCGGACCCCCACCAGCUGCUGCCUUCCCUCUGCCCCCAGGACCAGUGCCUGCGGUGGCUGCCCCACAAGUGGUGCCCCUGUCCCCACCCCCUGGGUACCCCACUUCCCCGCUCUUGAACCUGCCCCAGGUGGUACCCUCACCCCAGGCUGUGGGGUCCCUGCAGCUGUUGGCAGCAGGGCCCAGCAGCCCUGUGAAGGUGGCGGCUGCCACAGGGCCCACCAAUGUGCACCUGCUCAACUCUGGGGUAGGCAUGACGGCCCUGCAGCUGCCUUCAGCCACCGCCCCAGGGAACUUGCUCCUGGCCAACCCCGUCUCCGGCAGCCCCAUCGUGACAGGGGUGGCCGUACAGCAGGGCAAGAUCAUCCUCACCGCCACCUUCCCCACCAGCAUGCUGGUCUCCCAGGUCCUGCCGCCUGGCCCUGGCCUGGCCCUGCCGCUGAAACCAGAGGCGGCCAUCUCUGUGCCAGAGGGUGCCCUCCCGGUGGCCCCCAGCCCCGCCCUCCCUGAGGCACACACCCUCAGCAUCAGCUCUGCACAGCAGCCAGUGCCCCCAGCAGCUGCUGCAGCCGCUGCCUCAGCCACUGGCCUGCCCUUCUCCCCGGGGCCGUCCAGCCUGGUGCCUGGCUUCCCUGCGGCCCCGGCUGAGGGGCUGAUGCUGUCCCCAGCGGCCGUGCCUGUGUGGCCAGCGGGGCUGGAACUGAACUCGGGAGCUGACGGGCUGCUGGAUGGGGAGAAGGGGCUGGGCUCACAGGCCCCCCAUGCUGUGUUGAGGCUGCCGGACCCCGACUCCGAGGGCUUACUCCUGGGAGCCGCGGCAGAGGGUGAGGUGGACGAGGGGCUGGAGGCUGCCGAGGCCAAGGUUCUGACCCAGCUGCAGUCUGUGCCAGUGGAGGAGCCCUUGGAACUGUGA